GAUGAAAAUGAAAUGUCAAAUGUCAAAUUAAAUUACGUUUAGUUAGGUUAGGUGUUAGGGUGACUGUUCCUUUGUAAUAUUUUUUGUUGUACCAAAAUGGAAUUAAGAGAUAUUAAUUAUAAUAAAAGCGACUAUGUUGAAACUGCCUCUGGAAAUAAAGUAUGUCGACAAACAGUAUUAUGUGGCUCGCAAAACAUUGUGCUACAAGGCAAGGUGAUAGUACAAUCAGAGGCCAUUAUAAGGGGUGACUUAGCCAAUGUUAAAACAGGACGAUACUGUAUUAUUAGCAAAGAAGCUGUUCUGAGGCCUCCUUAUAAGAAAUUUAGUAAAGGUGUAGCAUUUUUUCCUUUGUCGAUGGGUGAUCAUGUUUACGUUGGAGAAAGAUCUGUAGUGAAUGCAGCUAUUGUGGGCAAUUAUGUGUACAUUGGAAAAAAUUGUGUUAUUGGCCGUCGGUGUACACUUAAAGAUUGCUGUGUCAUAGAGGACAACACAAUCUUAGCUCCUGAGACAGUGGUGCCUCCAUUUGCAAGAUAUAAUGGCUCACCAGGAACACAAAUUGGUGAAUUGCCUGAGUGUCAAGCCGAUUUAAUGGUGGAUUUCACUAAAGGAUAUUAUCAACACUUUCAACCAACCAAACUAAUUUAAUUUCAUGCUUCAAAAAUGAUUAUAUUUUAUUCCAUUUAUAUUUGUAUUUAAUAAUAUUUAUUUGAAAUAAUCUAUGUAUGUAUAAGCAUAAGUUUUUUAUUAAUAAAUAAUCACUUAGAUAUAUUUUACCUCUGUACAGGUUGUGACAUUUAUAGGGAAAUGAAAUUAAAAUACAGCUUUCCAAGAACAUUACAUAUAAUCAAAAGGUCUUAGGUGAAAAAGUUUUAUAUUCUCAUUUUACGAAAAAAAAAGUAAGCAAUGGAAAAUAGGAAUAAGUAUACUGUCUGUAAAAUAGAUUUCUUGAAACUCUAUUGAUGGAACUUUAGAGAUUUUUAAAGCAAACAAAAAUUCAGUACCUAUUUUAAGUAUAAUUUUUAUAGUAAUCGAUCAAAACACAAAACAAUCAUUGCAAGUACCGUGUACCAUUACACAAAAACUAAUAAACUAAACUAUGUAUAUAAACCGAGGUGGUAGCCAUAUUACCAAAAAAUUAAUAUAUACUGUUCAGUUCAGUUAAUUUAGUGUCAUUUUUUGGGCCACCCUGUACACAUGAAGUUUAGUUUAAAAAUCCAUGACUAAAUUUUCAAAAAGGAAAACGGGAAUUUUGAAGGAAUUUAUUCCAACCUUCGUGUGCUGAUUGAUGUACAAUAAUACUGUUUUCAAAUUUAAUUAGA